AAGCAAGUUAUGCUCAUGAAAUCAGGCUCAAGUUCCUCUUAACUUUAAAAACAUCUUAUUUAAAGCUUUACUGAAAUUCAGUAUUUAAUGGUCUUUCUCAAACCCUUUUGUAUUUUACUGUUAUUAUAAUUUAAGAAAAUGAAAUACAUUUUUCACCAAGCCACAUAUAGGUAUCCCCUACUUUUUUCCAGUUUAUCCCAGUAUUCUCUAAAAAUAUUAUAUUUUAUGAAUAUGAAGAAGACUGGAAAGCAGUGUCCUGUAUUCUAUUUAUUAGUCUAGAGCCCAUUAGGCUUACAUAGGUCGGUGCACUGACUGGGUCACCUACCACUGUUCAUCGUUUUGGUUCUGUUGAGUAAAUGAGCUCUGAUUUCCAAACUACAGAUGACAAACCUAUUAUUGUCCCAAGCUGCCAGUGGAGAAAGCCUCUUCAAGUACACUGUAACCUUGCAACUCAAUUUUCAAGUGCAUUUUGUUGGGUGCAAAGAGCUUCCAGAGCUGUUUUGUAAUGUGCUCUAGAAUCAGCCACCUCUGGCCCUGCACACUCCCGCUCCGAUGGUUUCUCCUUGGCAAGUUUAAACCCCACUUUCCUAGCACGCUGAGCAGGAUUGCUUUUGCAAGCCUGUGUAACCAAGUCUUGACGGAGAAAAAUGCAAGUAGUCUGCAAACUUUUUCUUUCUCUUCAAUUGUCCUCUCUCUCCGGUAAUCCGGGUCACCAGAUCCAAUCUUUGCUAGACUUUAAAAAUGUAUUUGAGUAGAAUCUCUUAAUUCACCCCACCAGACGCAAUCUGCUACUGCAUAAGCAAUGAGCAACCAGAGAGGACCCCGCUGGGACAGCCAUUUCACCAGCUCCCUAAAAUGCAGCUAUAUUUGGAAGACCUCUAUGUAGGAAGUAAGGCUAAUAGUUCCCAGAAGAUUAGGUGUGGUUUUCAUGAGCUCAUCAAGGGGGUGGUUCCAUAUUUCUAUUUUUAAAAUUGUUUAUAAAGAUCAUCCUUCGUUGGUCAGAGACAACAGAUAGAGGAGAGACGUCUCUCACGUUAUGAUUAGAGGCAACAACCCGGCCAAUCUGGUUCUCAGAGAAAAGGCGAAGGGAGCUGAUGCUACAGUUUCAGCCGACACUGGGAUAAUCUGCUUUUGAGUCCCGGCCAAAUUCCACGGAGUCCGCGGCCAGGCCAGCCGGGCUUCUCCCAGCCUGGGCGAGGGCUGCAUCUACCACCGAGUCAGGGCGGCAGGGUCGGUCCAGGCAGCGCGCCCUCCUGCAAGAGCAGAAGAAGCUCAGUCCCCUGGACCAGGGUCGGGGGGUGGUCCAGCCCUGAGACCACUUGGAAAUGGUACUCGCCCCGCGUCAUUCAUGCCGCUGCACUCUAGUAUUUAAAAUAAUUUGGGGGAUGGCUCAGUGUCCCCAGUCAGUCGUCACCGUUUAAUUUGCUAGUUGGGCUCGCUUUUACUGAAGUCUCGGGCGUCUCCCCUUGUUGUCACCAACGUCGCGGGCCCAGAAGCACAAAGAAAUGAUGGGCGUUAAGGUCCUACAGCGAGGGCCUUGCUUCUCAUCUCAGCUAGCCUCUGUCCGCCGGCAAUUCUCAGAUGACUUCCUUGGGUGGGAAUAACAAUUCUCUUUCCGUAGGAGAAACGUGGAGAGUCUUCGAGCGGGUCCGCGGCCGUCUUGCACUUGUGUGCGUGUGAGGGUGCGUGGGCCCGAGACGAGCUUGGGGACAGGAAAGGGCCGGACGCGGGCGGACUCAGCGAGGCCGUUGGAAUCUGGGCUCCACCUGGCGCGUCCAACGUGCGGGUCGCCGAGAUGCAGCGGGUCGGGGCCUUACAGCGUCUCUCUCUCUCGGGGCUGCCUUGCAAAGUGUCCUGAUACUCGGGAAGCCCUGGCAGGGGCGCGGGGCUGGGGGCAGCGUGUGCCGCCUCGCAGUGGGCAUCGGGAGUGCCCGGCAGGGAGGAUUUCGUGGAGAGAAGCGCUGUUUCCCUAGAACUUCCUUCCGGCUUCGCCGCGACAAAACGCUUUCCACUCGAGAAGGAAGAUCACUCUAGACGCCCUUGGACCUUCUUCCCCAGCGGGACAGAGGAGCCCAGACCCGAAGCUGGGGGUUAGGAGGAGACGGGGCACAUACACUUUGUAACCGGGCGGUGCCGCCAAUAACCAGUUCCGAUAAAGGCUGCAAAGAGCGAAGCCAGGUUUUGCUGGCGGGGACCCCGGCCCUCGUCCAGCGCCCCGUCACCUCCCACGGCAGCCUCUCCCAAGCCCUUAAACCGGGUCGGUGCUGGGGGCCACGCAUCGCCGCCCUGCGUGUGUGACCUGCACCGAAACCUGGCCGCGGUUCCGGGAAGCUCCGUGCGCCUCCUGCAGCGCGGCGGGGGCGGCACGCGGCGCCUCGGUUCCCCCCCCCCCCCCCACACACCGAGCACACAGACACACCCUCCGGCAUGGGGGGCGCGGGAAAGGGCCGGGGACCCCGCAGCAGCGCCGAGGGCGCCGGCACCUUAGGAAAUACGCUCUUCCCUCGGCGGCCGGGGGCGGAGGCAGGGUCGCCCUUCCCAGCUCCGCGUCGGGGCGCCCUUUACCCCGCGGCUGCCGCGUCCCCAGGUCGGAGGGAACUCGGGGGGGGUUUCCCAGGCGGUGGGCCGGGGCCGCGCAGCGGGCGGGGGCCCCCGGGAGGCGUGGCGAGGCCGGUCCCGCUCCCGGCGCGCCCCACCCCUGCCCCGCCUCCAGCCCCGCCCAGCGCCCCGAGGGCAAGCGGGGGGGGAGGCCGGAAUUUCCCCUCGCGGGGGCUCGGGCUGCCCCGCAAGCCGGCGGGCUCUUUCUGUUUACGGAGAGAAAGGGGAAAUGGAAAAGGCGGGGAGGCGGCGGCUGGAGUCCGCUGCGCCGCCCCUCGGCCGGCCCAGAAGCUGUGAGUCAGGGGCCGACGAGGGCGGCCCGGGCGCGCGGGAGGCGCGGGGCUCACUCGGCCGCUCGGGCCCGGACGGCGCGCCAACGCUCUGGGGCCGGUAGCCCUGGCUCGCGCUCCUGCCGACGCCGGACCUGGGGACCCGGCGCGCCCGGCUCCCGGGGGCCGCCCGCCAGCUGCGCCGCGAGCCGUCGGGGGACGGCGGCGGGGGCGCGCGGAGGCCGCAGAUGUUUCCCCGUGGACAUGCAGUAUCAAGAUUCCGAAGUCCUAGUUCUAGGCGGAGAACCACGUUGAAAAGGAAGCGCAGCGUCCAGAGUGUCCCAAAAGUUAACGGGGAAGGCCGCGAGCUGUCUUUAAGAAAACAUUGCAAUGUCUGUUUCACUUUUGGAAAGACGUAUUCUGGCCCAGAAUAAAGGACUGCUCCCGACAAAAACAGGGAAAGAAGCAGUAAUACAGUUGCUUUGCGUAUCUGUGGCCUGAGUUUUAGGUACUUGCCAAGUAGGAGACUCUCUGGGGACCCUCACAGUGAUGGAGUUCAUGAGCACUGGAAGUGACAGCAAAGAAGACAUCGAUUUAUUAAUGAAACAUUUGAACGUGUCUGAUGUCAUAGACAUUAUGGAAAACCUUUACGCGAGCGAAGAACCUGUAGCCUUCGAACCCAGUCUGAUGACCGUGUGUCAGGACAGCGGUCCCAAGGAGGAGAAGCGUUCCGACCCGGUGCUGCUCAGUGGCCAGGAGGGGCCUUGGCUGUCAUCGGUCCGAUACGGAACCGUGGAGGAUUUGCUCGCUUUUGCAAACCACAUAUCCAACACCGCAAAGCGUUUAUACAGACACCGACCCCAAGAAUCUGGAAUUUUAUUAAAUAUGGUAAUCACUCCCCAGAAUGGACGCUAUCAGAUAGACUCUGAUGUUCUUCUCAUCCCUUGGAAGCUGACUUACAGGAAUAUUGGCUCUGAUUUUAUUCCUCGGGGGGCCUUUGGAAAAGUGUACUUAGCACAAGACAUAAAAACUAAGAAAAGAAUGGCAUGUAAAUUGAUCCCAGUAGACCAAUUUAAGCCAUCUGACGUGGAAAUCCAGGCUUGCUUCCGGCACGAGAACAUCGCUGAGUUAUACGGCGCGGUUCUAUGGGGCGAAACCGUCCAUCUCUUUAUGGAAGCAGGCGAGGGAGGGUCUGUCCUGGAGAAACUGGAGAGCUGUGGACCCAUGAGAGAAUUUGAGAUUAUUUGGGUGACAAAGCAUGUUCUCAAGGGACUUGAUUUUCUGCACUCAAAGAAAGUGAUUCACCAUGACAUUAAACCAAGCAACAUUGUUUUCAUGUCCACAAAAGCUGUUUUGGUGGAUUUUGGUCUAAGCGUCCAAAUGACUGAAGAGAUCUAUUUUCCUAAGGACCUGCGAGGAACAGAGAUUUACAUGAGCCCGGAGGUGAUCCUGUGCAGGGGCCAUUCGACCAAAGCAGACAUCUACAGCCUGGGGGCCACGCUCAUCCACAUGCAGACGGGCACCCCGCCCUGGGUGAAGCGCUACCCGCGCUCCGCCUACCCCUCCUACCUGUACAUAAUCCACAAGCAAGCGCCUCCUCUGGAAGACAUUGCUGAAGACUGCAGUCCUGGCAUGAGAGAGCUGAUGGAGGCCGCCCUGGAGAGGAACCCCAACCAGCGGCCCAGGGCAGCAGACCUACUGAAACAUGACGCCCUGAACCCCCCUAGGGAGGAUCAGCCCCGCUGUCAGAGUCUCGACUCUGCCCUCUUUGAGCGGAAGCGGGUGCUGGGCCGAAAGGACUUGGAGCUUCCUGAGAACAUCGCGGAUUCUUCAUGCACAGGGAGCACUGAGGAAUCGGAGAUGCUGAAGAGGCAGCGUUCUCUCUACAUAGACCUUGGGGCCCUGGCUGGCUAUUUCAACCUUGUCCGGGGUCCACCAACACUAGAAUACGGCUGAUGGAUGGCGGCAUUUGCCCUAAAUUAGGACUCAGCGUUUACUGGUCUCUGGGGAGCUGGUUCUGCUGACUCCGCACAGGGGCUCUGUCAAGUGAAUUGUGCGUUUAUCGGCUGGGCUCCCACGACUCAUGAAUGUGACUCCACGUGGCUCCUGUGUGUUGAUUUGUGAAGCUGCCCCGGGCGCCAUCAAGCUGGAAGGUUCUCAUUUCUCAGGUGGUACGUCUGACUCAAAGGAAGCUGAGAGUUCACAGAAAGAUCAUUUCCGGUGACUGGUUCCAUUAACUGUGCACUUUGCUCAAAAUUUUAAAAAAUACCAAUCACAGGGAUAAUAUAUUAGCCUAAAAUUACUAUUCUCGGUUCUAAUUUAAGGAUGGGAAGUUCAUUUAACUCAGAAUACUUUGUUGUAUAUUAGUGUGUAUUCUAUGAUAACUCUUUGAGCCUUUGUCAGUAAAUUCCAAUAUAAAUGAAAGCCUUUAUAUUUGGGGUGACCAGAACAACUUGAAUAUUGUAGCAAUAAGCUGAACUAGUGUCUUAAAAAUGGCUAACUGAUUAAUUAGGAGCCAUCUGACAGCGGGCCACUAGAGAUGGGUUCUGUUAUGUUCCUAUGGAAACAUUUUGUACUGUACAUGCUAUGCUUCAAACAUUUAAAACGUGAUGUUUUGAAUGUGGAUAAAACUGUGUUAAACCACAUAACGUCUGUACAUCCCAAAGGAUGAGAAUGUGACCUUUAAGAAAAAUGGAAACAUGUAUAAAUUCUUAAUGAUGCGACUUUUAUAAUUCUUAUUUCUCUAUUUUCUUUAAAGCAUUUGUAUAUUAAAAGAGCAUACUGUGUAUGUUUCAUAUCAAAUGCCUUCAUGAAUCUUUCUUAUUAUAUAUAUAUAUUUAACACUGUAAAGUAUGUGAGUAUUCCUACUUCAAGUAUGUUUUUACAUCAUGCAAAUAAAAAUGACACUUUUAUCCAA